AUGGAUGUGAAGAUUUGGACUUACGUGUUUAUACUGCAAUUCCAAUUGACUUUGUAUGUAAAGGGUCAAAGUGCAGUAAAAAAUUCCCAUCGUCGGUCAGAUGGUACUGUAAAUACAGAUAUCAAAAACGACAAGCCUUUAGAACUGCUAGGAAAUCAACAAACAAGUCAAGAAAGGGAUUACUUUUUGCCUCCAGUAUUUACAAAUCAUGAAGAAAAUGAAGACGACGAAGAAGAUGAUGAAACAGCUUAUCUAGACUAUGACUAUGAGGGCAAAGAAUCUAAUUACAAAGACUCACCAGAUUUGGCAACAGUUCGUAGCGAUACCCAUGAUAUCUCUUUGGUAGAUGAUAAAAUACCACUACACACAGCCAAAGAUAAUUUGCCAAUAUUUCUGUUGGAGCCUGAAAAUACUUAUGUUGUAAAAAAUAAACCAGCUAUAUUAAAAUGCCGGGCAGCUAAUGCUUUAAAAGUAUUUUUCAAAUGCAAUGGCGUUCAGACUCAAGCAUUGAACUUUGAGUUUGUGGACCCUCAAACAGGGGUCCGCAUUAUCGAAGGGGAGUGCAAAGUGACGAGGGAGAAUGUUGAGGAGUACUUCGGGAGUGACAAGUAUCAAUGCUCGUGUUUUGCAUGGACCAGCCGUGGACAUAUAAGAAGUCAACCUGCAACUAUCGAAUUAGCUUAUAUAAAGAAACAUUUCUCAGUAGCCCCUCAGUCGCAACUUGCUAAGCAGUAUACAUCGGUCACAUUUCGUUGCGAACCGCCUCCAGCUGCCCCGUUCGUGGAAAUAUACUGGCUGAAGAAUGGGGCUCCAGUUGUCACCGAUGACAAUGUGCAGGUCUCGAAAGAAGGGGAUUUGUUUAUUAAACAAGCUACGCUAUUGGACAUGGCGAACUACACAUGCGUCGCAGAGAAUUUAGCUGGGAAGAGAAUGUCCGAGCCCGCGCUCCUCACUGUAUUUGUAAACGGUGGUUGGAGUACCUGGUCGGCUUGGAACGAUUGCUAUUGCAAUGAUCAAGGAAGAGAGGGUCCCCUAGGAAGGAAGAGGGAGAGAACAUGUACGUCACCUAGACCUCUAAACGGAGGGCAGCCUUGUGUAGGGCCUAAUGUACAGAAGACUCAUGACUGUUUGGACUGUGAUUUAGAUGAUGAUCUGGACGAACUCGCAGAUGAAUCACCGGAUAUGUUAUUAGGUCGCUGGUCACAGUGGUCAGAAUGGUCAAGGUGUGACUCCGACUGCCUCCGCAGCAGAAGGAGAAGAUGCCUUACUAUCACCGUGUGCCGAGGCACUGAUCAACAAGUUACACAGUGUCCUCUUUGUGUGAGAACAUCCAAGUCUGAUAUCAGUGAUGGUUCCUCAUACUGGCCUGUUUUUGUAGCGUUGACGGUCGCUUUUCUCAUAUUUAUUGUAGUAAUUAUACUGGGUAUAAAAUACAUCAAGGUCAAAAUGAAUGAUACUUCACCGUACGUGAAACCACCGAGUGGUUCAAACUACUUUGGUAAUGUUAUAAAGAGGACGCUAACUAACCAACCAGAUCUCACAAUACACGAAGAAUUUCAAACUAUAGAUUCUAGAAGAACGCAUAGGCACAUGAGCACAUCGACAAGACACGAGCAUUUAUAUGAAGUACCACAACUAGCUAACAGCUACAUCUCACCAAUAGACCAAGAGGUAAGAACCGAAAGACAUGGAAGUGACAGGAAUUACACUUGCAAGGGCAGCGUUGAGUCAGAUCGAUCUGAUUCCAGUUGCUUUUUGAGCUCCGGUUCGUCGUAUGGCAAUGAAAGUGUAGAAAUGUCUCCAUCUCUAAAAAACAAUGCAUCUAUAGAUUCAAAAUUUUUCACAAAACAUUUGGAUGUAGCUUCUUCCAAAAUAGUAUCUUCAGAUGGCGACUGGUUGAAUUUGAAUAAAUGUGGAGUAAGCUUGUUCAUCCCCGAUGGAGUUGUCGAUAAGGGUGAAGAGUUAUUUACAAUUGAGGUCGCAGACGAUGACUGGAAUAGGCCUCUGCUCCAGGAAGGUGAAACUCAACUAAGUCCAGUCAUACGGUGCGGUCCCAAAAACUUUCACUUCUGCAAGGGUGUGAUUUUAUCCUUUCCACAUUGCGCGUCUUUGAAGAACACCAGCUGGCUUCUAUCUAUACUCCAAAAGCCCGAAGAAAUCAACACGAGGGAGUGGCGGAAAGUUUUGACUUUGGGACAGGAAACACCCGGAUCCCCACUUUUCGCCCAAGUCGACCCUUCUAAAGUUUACUUAGUGAGCGAAUUUCUGAGCGACUUUGUUCUAGUAGGCAGAAGUUUUAGCGGUCUAGAUGCGAAAUUAUUAAAACUUGCUUUGUUUAUAUCUAAAAAAAUGGAUGAUAGCUACUAUAGUUUAAAGAUUCAUGUAUUUAACGAUACCCCUUAUGCGUUCUAUGACUGUUUUGAAAGUGAAAAGCGGUCAGGUGGGUCAUUGCUUUGUGACCCAAAAACUAUUUAUUUCCAGGAAAAUUGUUCAGAUUUAUGUAUCAAUAUAAGAGAAGUAGGUAUAGGGUGGAAAAUUCAAUCUGGGGGAAAAUACCAAGAGCUAAGUUAUUCACAAAUAUGGAAUAUGACCAGAUCCCUGCAGUGUAUUUUUGUACUCCAACAAACGGAUUCUAUAAAUUGCUUAGAACUGAACAUAUGUGUUUAUCAGAAACAAAAGCAAUCAAAUUCUGUCAAUUUCAAUUUAAAGACUAACGAUUUGAAUUCUAAUAUUGGUAAAAGGCUCAGUUGUUCGAGUGUAGAGACUGUUAAUAUAUUAGAGAACCCGUUCAAUUAUUCUUCAUUGCCUAAAAAGGAAGGGAGGUACGAUUUUGUGUAUAAGAAUAACAGUUUUAGGAAUUACUUAAGCGUUGACAAUAAUUACCGGACUAAUGUGUUGACCAAGUCGGAUAGAGUGAUACUGUGUAAACUUUUGGACUCUCAGACAGUUAAAGGCAACGACUGGCGGCUGCUGGCUGAGAAAUUAAAAGUUUCCUCUUAUUAUUAUUAUUUUUCAAACACAUGUUCUCCAACUGAAAAUAUUUUGAAUUUAUGGUUGUGUAGGAACAAUGAUGCAAACAUGUUGGUCAAUUUGUCGAGGUUAUUCAGAGAAAUGGGUAGGAUUGAUUGUGCGACAGUUGUUGAAAGGCGCUGUUUUCCCAACUGA